AUGGAGAGGAGAUGCCAACAUGGGGACCUAUGGAAACAGAAACAGUUUUAUGAUCGGCAAUCACUUGUGAUCGACAACGACUUGGACACGUUUCAACUAAUACAUUUGAAGCAGCCAAGCAUCGUUCCCCAGAUUGGCCCCUCCAUCUUGGUACAAAAUGAACAGGAGUAUGAAGAAUAUAUACACAAGUUUUGGAAUGAACGUGCUGCUUCCCAUCUAGGGGCUUCCACAUCAGCUCCCUUCUUCAGGGAAUGCCUAAUUAAAGAUCCAUAUUCUAGUGAUGUGCCUCUCACUACCAGGAGUCGUUGGUGGGCUAGAAGUCAACCUGGAAGUGGACAUGGUCAGACAAGCUUUUUUGGAGCCACCAGAUUUCAAUCACCAAACAACAUACAAAAACCAUGA